CACUCCCGAGAACGCCCAGCGAGCGGCACGUGUCCUCCUGCCCUCGCAGGUAGCAGUGGCCUCUCUGGGCCCCAGGUGCUAGAGGCCUCCCCCCUGGCUGCAGCCACCUGCCCUUGGAAACAGAACUCACAGAAAUGCAGAGAGCCAUGCUGCCAAGCGCCUCGCCGGAUGACGCAGUGGUGCUAUUGAGGCAGAAGCACAUGCUGCUACAAGUCAGGGACAAAGGAGACGGCAUUCUGCAGAGGAGACCCAACCUGCAGUGGAAGGCCCAGCAGCUGCUGCGCCUGGCCGAGGAGCUGCAGGCCGAGUGGCAGGAGGCCCAGCUCUUCCAAGACCUGGAGCAGCUGUGUUCAUCCCAUGCGCUGGGUGGGGCGGCAGAGUGGGCAGCGAGCGUCGCAGACGAGGCCAACGAAGGCGAAGACGAAGCCCAUGCUGAAGCCGACCCGGAGGAGCCCACCCAGCGAGCAGCAGAAAGAGCCCUGAGGGCCAAGGAGAAGCACAGAGUCGUCCUUCACGAACACAAGAGUCACAAGGAAGAACUGCCCAGACAGCAAGCCCGGCACCCCAAGCCCCGGAGGAAAGCAGCGGGUCCAGAGAGGCAGGGGGCUCCCAAGACCCGGGGUCUGGGUCCCGCUGAGAAGAGCAAAGGAAAGCGGGCCACUUCAAGCAAGAGCAGCCGUGGCCGGCGGACUGCAGACCCUCGGGUGGGCAGAAGCCUGAACCCACUCUUGGCCACGGCAGAAGAACUCAAGUACCUGGAGGAAAAGCAGCGAGGCCGGGAGGGGAGGAGGAGGAAGGCAGGAAAGGGGACCACCGUUCGCUUUGCCAGAGGCCUGAGGAACAGCUCUGAGGACCACUGCUCCAGGAACAGACUGGACGACUUCCAGCAGCUCUGGCCCAUGGGCCCCUCCCACAAGAGGGAAGCUGUGGCCCCCACACCUCCAGACAAGCGUAGCACCAAGAACAAGUGGCAGAGGGAGCUGGAGUUCGCCUUUGAGCAGCUGUUCAGUACAAACAGGAAGCUGAAGAGGCACUUGAACCUGCACCUGGACUCGAGGCCCAGGAAGGACCAGAACCCCCAAGAGCAGGACUUCUUAGUCAUGCAGGGCUGCGGCAGUGGCAGCCCACAAGAGAGGGUGGCAGAGGUGGAGACGCUGUCCGCUGGUGAGUCUGGGGACCCUGCAGAGGCCGAGGUCCCCCGGAUGUCAUCUAAGACCGAUUUAAAACCGUCGCUAAGCAAGGCCGAGCUCCUCAAAUACCAUCAGGUGGCCCAACCUUCAGUGAAAGAUGGAAGCCAGACAUCGCUGCCCGAGGUGAGAAGCGUCGUCGAGGAAGAGGACUUGCUCUCGAGGAGCACCGAGUGUGCACACGAGGCCUCCGAGCUGGCCACACUGCUGGAGAGCACCCCCGAGCCUCACCCGCAGGAGCCCGUGCUCGGAGCCGACUGGAUGGCUUUGGGACAGAGGCCGAGGAUGGAGUGGAGGAGGCAGAAGCCCUCCUUUGAGUCGGCGGAGGUCCCAGACAUGAGCCUGGAGAUCCACUACUCGCCCCAGCUGGAGGAGGAGCGGAGAGAGCGCAGAAAAGUGCGCCUGGCCCUCCUGCGGGCCUACCCCAACAGGUACCAGACGAAGGACAGAGGGUCGUUCAGAACCUCGUCCCCCUCCAGCAGCAGCAUCGUGGACGACGAGGAGAAACAGAAUCAGAUGAUCCGUGACAUCCAACUGCAGAUUUCAGAGCAGAACAAGUUGCACGAGGAGUUUCUGGAAAAAGCCAGGAAGCGCUUGCUAGAGUUUCAGAGCGUAUGUUGAAAGGCGAGGGUCCCACCCAUGCAGAAUACAGCACUGACGACGAUUCUGCCUGUGGUGUGCCUGAGUCUGCCCGGCCCGUGCGUUGCCGUCUCAGAACCCUGUAGGCCUCCCUAGAGGUCAGCGGUGUGCGCCCCCAUCCUCAGGCUGUCUCCUUGGCACAGAUGUGGGGAGCUGUGGGGUCUGGGGAGCGAGGCCAGCCUUUCUGGUGCAGACAGGGAAGGCUGCCUCCACGUGCCUCGGGCACAUGUGGAAACUCUAGGCAGAGUCCACUCUUCAGGUGUUUUAGCCGAGGAAACACUGGGACUUGAGGGGCAUCCCAGGUCGGGGGGCACAGUUUCAAGAGAUACAUCAUUUGAUGCUUAGCCCCGGGCCGAGACG